AAACGCAAAAGAAAUUAUGCCGAGAGGUUCAGUAGUGAAAUCAUUUCGCUACCUUCCACAUUUAAUUGAGGACUGGACUGGAAUUGUCCUGCGAGCGUGGGAAAGAAUAAAAAAGGCGAGAGUGAAAAGCAAAACACCAGCUGCGUGUGUGUGUGUGUGAGAGAGAGAGUGAAAUCCCAACCAAAAAAUCACCGGGUGAACAAGUAGAUCGACUACUAGCGAUGACUUAAAAAAAAGAAGAAGCUAAUAAGUUCCACCGGAAGCACUGUCGUGCUCGGCAUCCGGCAGUGGGAAAGCAACGGAAACGUACAUCCCUCGAAGGAAAAGUGACCUUGAUUAAAAGAAGAGACAAAAAUUAACAGCAAACGGAAGCCAAAGCUCUAAGCAGACAGGACAACAAUAGGAAGAUACAGACGAUAUACACCAGCAGCCUCGGCUCGGGAUUCCCGAGCACACAAAAAGCGAACCGGAAAAUGAAAUUAAAAUUAUCCUUCGGAGGCGGACUGUGGCUUGUUUGCAUGCUGCUGCUGGACGCCGCACUGGUGACCGACGCUCAGUACGGUGGUUGUGACUACACGAUCGAUAUCGCAAGCGGGCUGUCGUACUCGAUCUACUCACCGUACUACGGUGGACUCUAUCCGGCCAAUACACAGUGCCGUUGGACGUUGACCACAACCCUAGGCUCGCGGGUUGCGCUGUCCUGCAGUGAUAUUUCGCUUCCAUUGACCACAUCAUGCAUCGCUGAUAGACUGGUUAUUUCCAAGACCGGACAAAGCAGCCUCUCCGAUGGACAAUCUUACUGCGGAUCGGGUGUACUCAACACACAGUCAUCCAUCAAUCGAAUGACGAUCGCACUGCUAGUGCCCCCCACAACUCAAGGUGGACGAUUCUUCUGUACUGCGACGAAGAUCGAGUGUCAGUGUGGUGUACGUCGAACGAGAAAAAUUGUAAAUGGCGAGGCAACGCUUGUGAACGAAUUUCCCAUGAUGGCCGCCCUGGUGGAUGGAUCGAAGAGUGGCGAGGGUAUCUUUUGCGGGGCUACGAUCAUAACGAACUAUCACGCCAUAACGGCUGCCCACUGCUACAUGGGAAGAUCGAUCGCCAACUUGGCGCUACUUGUCGGAGAGCACGAUAUUACGGUCGGUUCGGAUUCACCGUACACCGCACUGUUGCUGCUCGCCUCCAUCAAGAUCCACGAGGGAUACAGUAGCUCUACCGCUUCGAGCAGCAACGACAUCGCGAUCGUGCGUACACGUACCGAGAUCGUGUUCAACCCGGGCGUGGGUCCUGCCUGUUUACCGAUCAAAUUCACCGGGGCAUCCUUCGUUGGCAUUCAGCUGGAGGCGGUCGGGUGGGGCACGCUCGAUUACGGUGCACCGAAAUCGAACGUUCCGAUGAAGGUCUCGCUUGCCGUGGUACAACCGACCCAGUGUUCUUCGCUCUACGCCAACUAUUCGUCCACCCAGCAACUGUGCACACUUACCCCGAACAAAGACACCUGCCAGAGUGACUCGGGCGGUCCGCUGUUCUACACCGAUGGGUACAACAUGCGAGCCUAUCUGAUCGGUACGAUCGGGUACGGGAUCGCGUGUGCUACCGAUCGGCCCAGUGUCAGCACGAACGUUCUGUACUAUAUGCAGUGGAUAAUGAACAACACACCCGAAUGGAACUACUGUUAUCAAUAAACACGUACGAUACGAACAAUCGAUUUCAUUUAACGCAA